GUGGUUUCGGUGACGGUGGCUGCGGCGGCAGUGCUAAGGUAUAGUAGUAGCUAGCUGCUGGCUGGCCUAUGGGAUGGCGUGCUGGUGCUGGUUCGGUGAAAUGCCAUGCGGCGGCUGGCUGUUCGCUAGCUGGCAGUAUCGAAAUCACCUUUCAUUCUGUGAUCAAUCGUACCCGUAGUUAGUCGCGCAUUGGGUCUCGCUGCGCCAGUUCCUUUUUAGAUCAGCUACGCCGUCGUGGACGUAGUGCUCUAGCAUAGUCGGUUUCGUUGUCGUUGUCGUCGUCGUCGCGGUGGCAAUCGAAAGGGAUUUCGAGAGGUUUUUUUUUCUUUCGGUUGUUGAAUAGUCAUUGUUUGUAAAGCGGUGUUUGGAGGGUGGUUAUUGGUAGCAGAAUAACUAUUUUUUUAGGUGAGCCGACAAAACCAUUACAGUGGAUUGGAUAUUGGGGGUUUCGUGUUGACUUACCUCGAAACUAGAACACGGACUGCGAAUUUGAAUUGUGCUGAUUUACUUAACAAUGAAUUACAGACUUUUGGUGUGGCUCUGUCUCCUGGUGCCGCUGGUCGCGUCGCUGCCUCAGGAGGAAGGUUUACGAUCGUUGCUGUUGCGAAGGGGAGGACGCGUUGGAACUAAAGUUUACAAGCAUGACGAUCUGAGCCGACCCGGUGUUCCGAUAGCGGAUGCUUUGGAGCCGAAAUCCGAAGAAGCCAGAACCACGGAAGCCACAACCACUACAACCAGCAGCACCGUAGCUCCAGUUCAAAAGAAGGGUCUGCAUCCACUGCUGGCUCGUAAGAAAUUUGCAUACUCUCCAAAGGAGGCCAAGGCCAAGGCAACUGAAGAUUCCGGAACUCCCGCUACUACUUUGAAAACUACUACAACCACCGAGUCCUCCGAAAGCUCUUCCGUUUCUUCUGUAGCAACUCGUCGAACCAGGCCGACUCGUCCACCACCGGUUCCUCGCGCUCCUGGCACAAAGGCUGUUCUGCCUUCGCGUGUUCCUAGAACCUCCACCAAACGUACAACAACCACGACUCCCGAACCGGAAACCACUUCUGUAACUACGCGAACCACCAGACGUCGAGGAGGUCGUCCUACGCGUCCUUCUGGUUCACAGUUCCUAGCAGGUAAAACGGCAACUACGACUACAACCACCACCUCCACAACUACGACGACUACCACUCCUGCCCCCACCACAACAACUACCACUACAACGACAACCCCGCCACCGCCGCCAACAACCACUUCAACGUCAACUACCACAACACUCGCCUCAUCGCCCGCCAAUACAGCGGAAGAGAAAGCGGCACCGGUAGCUGCAACGGUUGCUUCUACCCCGGAAGAAGCAUCACCGUCCGCAACGGCCGCUGCGGAAUCGCUUCCUCCUGCAUCGACGGCUGCAGCCCCUCCUGCAGUAGUCUUGAGCAACACGAUUCCACUGACAGCCGAAGCCACCGUUGCCAGUGAGGUUGUCGUCAAAAAUGUGCCACUGCUGCCCGUCGAACCGGCUCCGGUGGUUGAAGCCCAGCUGGACGAUAUAGGACCAGAUCAACCGCUAGCUUAAUUUUGAACCUUUUUGGAUGUGCGUGUGCGAGAAACUGGGGGGUUUUAUGGGGAAUUCGAUUGUUGAAAGGAAUGAGUGCGAGGAUCUGCCUGGUAGGGCACGCCAUGUGAACAAGUGCUGUAGUGUGCGUUAGCUGUUCUAAUUUCCAACCUAAUUUUUAUUUAAUCUCAUUCCGUAGGCUGUUGCUAAUUGUCGCCGGCACUCACUGUGCCUGUUCCUACAUGGCAUGGAAAUGUGUAGUUACAUUUUGAGUCAAGAUUUAAUUUCAAUAAAUAAAUUUUGGAAUAUUUUAA